GUGCCUCAUCAUGAACACUACAACAUCAAGACGUACGAAAACUCCAUAAGCUUCCUCAUGCUAUUCCCUCCCGAGGAUGAUUUCUUCCUGAGUGUCACCCAGGAUGCUCCUACCUCCUACUUCUACCCGGCGAGAGGCAUAGAUCACGAAGGGCCUCAGACCUGGAUGCAGAUGGAUCUCCGCCUGAACGACUCCAUCGAAAUACGUUUUCAUAAUGGGACGACGUGGAUGAAGGAAGCCAGUCCUCUGAAGGGGCUUCUUCUUAAAUCCUUUUCCAUGUCCUUCGGACUUUGGGCACCGAACUGUCCUCAGAGUGAGUUCAAAGCUAAUGAUAUGUAA